AUGCCUGAUCUUCGUCGUCAAGUCUUCGAGAGCGGAAAAACCAUCUCUCGCAAGGCUGCCUCCCGCGAAGGUUCUCGUCGCACUUCACGCACCAACUCGGCUCAAAAUUCUCGUCAUUCUUCCCGAAAUGCAAGCAGACAUGCGUCUGAUGAAGAGGACGCGGGAAAUCUCAGCGAUGACACCGCAUUAAGUAUUGGCUCCUUAGAUGAUCUGACCGAUAAUCCGGAAAUUGACAACACCAAUUGGACAGAAGAGCUCGGUGACGUCGUCGAGGAUAUCCUGGAUCGUAAGCGAAGCAGUGUCUUGAGCCGGGAGGAAGCAUACGCUUCGCUUUGCCGCCUUUCUAAAGGCCAUUACAUUGAGGAGCAGAUCCGCAGCCGGGGGAGUGACCUUUUGGCUGCUUUCUGUCGGAGUAUAAAGUUCGAAAACAGCGUACGGGAGACUACCCUGGCGCUUCGCGCCCUCGAGCUCCUUGCCAUCACUACGUCUGACGACUCCAUCUACGAAAACGUCGAGUCGUUGCUCACCCGUACGAUUCGAGACUCUACGUCCAACGACGUCAAGGCAGCCGCGAUCCAUUGCUUAGGUGCCUGCACGAUUUUUGGAGGCGCCUCGGAAGAUGGAGCCCUCGACCAGAUGACGUUUCUUCUGGACAUCGCAGCCUCCGAUGGACAAUCCAUCGACGCUGCUGAUGAUGGAGGCAGUGUCGCUGCGGCUCUUCAAGAGUGGGGGGUUUUAGCAACCGAGAUUGAAGAUCUCGAAGGGGAAAGCGAAGAUGCGAUCCAAAUCUUCAUGGAUCAGCUGAAUAGCGGCCAAUCAACGGUCCAGAUUGCCGCGGGGGAGAAUAUUGCUCUCCUGUACGAGAAAAGCUACACCCCGCAGGAAGACGACGAGAACUCCGAUAACGGCAGCCAGGACUCGGACGAGGAAUCUUUCACAGUUAAUCCCAGUUCGCUGAGCGGCCCCAAACUGAUCAAGCGCUACAAUGCUUAUCACAACACGCACGAACUGGAGCGGCAGCUUCAUUCGUUGGCUACCGUGCACAACAAACACAUCAGCAAGCGGGAGAAGAAGAAUCUCCACAGUAACUUCUCCUCGAUCCUUACCACGGUGGAAAACCCUCGUCGCGGACCCAUGUACAACACGGCGAUCGAUCAAGACACCAAUCGUCACUACGGCAGCAAGUUCACCGUCAAGAUCGGCCGACAGGGCGUGAUGAACAUUGACCGCUGGUGGAAGUGGAUUCGACUGAACUCCCUGCGCCGCAUCUUGCAGGGGGGAUUCGCUGAACAUUACUACCAAGGCAACAGAGCGGUCCUGGACAAUCUUCCCAUCAUGGUCCGUCAGAGUACCCCAUCAGACCGUGGGAUGGCCCGAAAAGCGGCCAAAUUACGGAACAGUCGACGAUGGGCAGUCCAGCAGCAUUCGGACGGAGAAUAA